AUGAUCGAGGUGGUGCUGAACGACCGUCUGGGGAAGAAAGUAAGGGUCAAGUGCAACGAAGAUGACACGAUCGGCGAUCUGAAGAAGCUCGUGGCGGCGCAGACCGGAACGCGAGCGGAGAAGAUUCGAAUCCAGAAGUGGUACAACAUCUACAAGGAUCAUAUCACUCUCAAGGACUACGAGAUCCACGACGGCAUGGGCCUCGAGCUCUACUACAAUUAAGGCGAACCGGAGGUGCUGAGCAAAGGAGAGCAAGUGAAUGUUGUUGAUUUGCACACCCCGAUUAAAUAAAAAAAACAAAAGUAUGUCUGUAAAAUUGGCUAAUUGGUUUUCUGAUUAUGUAUUAUGCUUUCGUAAACUAAAAUCAAAUGUGUGGUAAUAAGCUACUCUUUCAACUUUUGUCUACGGUACUUUAAGAAGUCUCUUGGUGUUGUUCUCAA